AUGGCCGCACGAGGCAAAGUUGGGCGCUCCGAGCGUCUUCUCGGCGAGAACGAACGACCUGAGGCGAGGAUGGGCUCGCCGGCGGUCGAGCCGCCGAACAAAUCGACGUGGCGCAGCUCCGCGCUGGCGGGGACGACCGAGUACAUGAUGUCGGCGGCGGUCACGCGACGAGGGAGAGCCGCAGGAGCCCUCUGUGGAGCAGGCGCGCGAAAGCAGCGAUGA